GGACGGGCGGCGGCUCCUCCCUCCCUCCUCCUCCUCUUCCAGCUUUCCCACCUUCCUCCUUCUCCUCCUCUUCCUCAUCAUGUCGGCGGGCGGAGACUUCGGCAACCCUCUGCGGAAAUUCAAGCUGGUCUUCCUCGGGGAGCAGAGCGUGGGGAAGACCUCUUUGAUCACCAGGUUCAUGUAUGACAGCUUUGACAACACCUACCAGGCAACUAUUGGCAUCGACUUCUUAUCAAAAACCAUGUACCUGGAAGAUCGCACAAUCAGGUUGCAGCUGUGGGAUACUGCGGGUCAGGAACGUUUUCGUAGCCUCAUUCCCAGUUACAUCCGUGACUCUGCUGCUGCUGUAGUAGUUUACGAUAUCACAAAUGUAAACUCAUUCCAGCAAACCACAAAAUGGAUUGAUGACGUCAGAACGGAAAGAGGUAGCGAUGUCAUCAUAAUGCUAGUAGGGAACAAAACAGAUCUAGCAGAUAAGAGGCAAGUAUCUAUUGAAGAAGGGGAGAGGAAAGCCAAAGAGCUGAAUGUAAUGUUUAUUGAAACUAGCGCAAAGGCAGGAUACAAUGUAAAACAGCUUUUCCGACGUGUGGCUGCUGCCUUGCCCGGGAUGGAAAGCACGCAGGACAAAAGCAGAGAAGACAUGAUCGACAUCAAACUUGAAAAGCCUCAAGAGCAGCCCGUCAGUGAAGGCGGCUGUUCAUGCUAAUAGAGUGUAUUGCUUUUCUCUUACCUUUCUCCAGACCAUCACUGCUUCUUCCUCUCCCUAACCCCACCCCCUUUCCCCUCCCCAGACUCAUUGGCAGCAAUGUGACUAUUGGCUUGCCCACCACCCCACCCACCCCCACCCCCCAUCCGUAACGUAGCCGCGGUUCAUCAUUGCUGCUUGUCUCGUGAAGAUGAUCUGUUAGCUUCACAAGCACAAAAGAAAGUCAGUGUCUUCGUUAUUUAUAAGGAAGUUUCAAAACGAGCCAAAACGAUCGUAGCGUAUUUCCGUGAUUCUUUUGAAAACGGCAGCCCCACCAGAAAGAUAGGUACAAAUUUGGUGAUAUUUUUUUUUUUUAAUGUUUCAAUAUUGCACUUACAGAAUUAGUGGAAAUGGGAGCAGAACGUUUGGAUUUGGUGAAAAGGAGUGUGCAGGGUAGAAAUGAAUCGGCAGUGUGGAGCAGUCCUCGGUGGUUCGGCCUGUUCUUUUGCAAAAACCAAAACCAGCCCGCUUUGCCUUUUCGGUUGAGAUCCUCUGGCCAUUUUUUUCUAAACGGUAGCCUUUUUGAAAUGCUAAUAAGAUGCUUUUUGUAAAGGGGCAAAGUUGCAGAUAACUGUUCUUCGGGGUUUAGAAACUGCUCGCUCUACAUAGAAGCCCCACGGAACAAACGAACCAGUUUGCAGUGCACCUUUGGGGUUUCUGCACUAGGCUGGAAUGUCUUCAGAAUGAGGAUGAGGGGAGGCACAGAGGCCACAAACAGGUUCUGGCGCUAUAGACAACUUGGUCAAGCUGUGAAUCUGUCUCUGAAAAGAGACACCUACGCUACCAACCUUUUAAAGAUCCAGCCUAAAGUUAAUACGUAAUGAGGGAGAUGAGGAGACAGAGGAGAAGAGACUAUUCCUGAGUUCAAGAUAAAUGGAAAGGGAGGGGGGUACUUGUAAAAGUAGAUUUUAAAAGUCCCUUAGAUGAAAAAGGAAGGGAACAAAAGAUGGAAACAAAACUUAAAAUUAUGCAGACUUUUGCCUUUGUUUUUAGCAUUUUUUAAUUAUUAUUUUGGGUCUUCAGAGUCUCGUGUAUUUGUUAUUUCUGCGUAGUUUGGUUAAAUAAUUGGUUGUUUAGUAUUAUGUUUUAACUGGACUAUAAUUAACCGUGGUAACCUUCAAUAUUUAUUUCUUUGCUUUUUUUUACUGUCUUCAUGGGUUUUUUUGUGGGGGGGGGGGAGGUGUUUGUUAAUCUAUUUAGAGCUUUGGCAAUGUCACGAGAUAUAGCUUAUCCAAGAAACACACUGGGAAGUGGACACACAUUCACACGCUCACUCUAGAAGUGCACUCUCUUAAUCUGUACUAGUCAUUGUGAAGUUGCUGUGUAAGUUAACACAACUGUAAAUACAUUGUUUGUAGGAGGAGCGUUUGCAGCUGGGGAGGGGUACAAUCCAGGAAAGGCCUCUCGAGUUUCCGUUUUUUCUAAGUGAUUGUUUAAAAUGGGGUGGGGGGGGUGGGGAGAACUGGCUCUCCCUCUCUAUCUUCAAUGCCCCCCUUCACUUUAGGGGGGGGGAAGCCCCCUCCCCAAGCAUCCCAGCUUCGGAUGUGCACACGCAAAGUCUCUCUGUUCCUGCAUUGUGGAAUUGGAAUGGCAAAUUCAUCACUUUGACCUGAGUUUCCAGUAACUUUGCAUAUACCAGCAAUGUCAUCGUAUGUUUAAAGGGCAGAACAAGACACCCAAAAUGCUUUUAAUGCAAUAUUGAAGAGGUGGUUUUAUCUUUCCUUUUCCUUUUUCGAAGUAGCAUGUCUGGAAUUAAGCGUUUAAAUAUGGCGACGACAGAUGGAUGUGUUCUUUUUCCCGAAAAAGAAACGAAAGGGGGAGGCCUGGCUACUUUUUUUCCUGUAUUGUUGUAUUCUAUGUGUGCGAAGAGAAAAAACCACAAAAAAUUAAAAACAUGAUCCAUCCUGCUGCUUUUUAAUAUUGAGUUUUCCGUGGCUUGGGUUCUUAAAACAAUGAAAAUGUGUACACGGGUUGGAUUUUUUUAAACAUGCACAGAAUUUUUUGCUUCCAAUAAAGUAUCUAAUCAAAACACUAAAA